AUGGACGUCGAGGGCAUCAACGUGAUAGAGGAGCGGCACGAGGAAGAAGAGGUCGAGUUCAUCCAAGGAGCUCUGCCAUCGAUCUGGCACAACACACAGAAUGUGCUCAGAGACCUUGGCUACCAGAGGGCGGCCGAAGAGCACGACGAUCACGAUGACGACGACGACGACGAUCAAAGUGGUCAACAAGAAGGGCUCCGACAUCGCCGCGCAGGCACACAGGAAAAGGAAGCAAAUGCUUUCACAUCAGCAACUUCCGACCCGACUCAUAGCACACACGACGACGAAGCGGAAGAGAAAGUAUGUCGCAUGUGCUUCUCCUCGGAGGAUGAGCUCGGUGAAGAUGGCAUGUCGCUAGGGCGUCUCAUCGCGCCCUGCCACUGCGAUGGCAGCAUGCGCUACGUCCAUGACACCUGUCUUGAUCAGUGGCGCCGCAAAUCGGCCGCUACCGAGGCAGCUCGCGUCUGCGGUCAGUGCCAUGCUCGCUACCGCUUCAAGCGCACGCCCUACUCGAACCUUGUCGCUUUCGCGCAAGCCAGCCAGAUGCUUCGCAUCCUCUUCUGCGUCUUGAUCGUCUUUCUCGCCUCCUUCCUCUUUGGUGUGCUCGCUCUGCUGACGCUCAAGACGAUAGCGACGUUGAAAGCGACGCCGCUCGCCUUCGUCCGAGAUGCCGCCCUUCGACCGGUGCAGCUCGAUAAUCGACCCUGGAACAUCACUCUGCAUCAAGACGAAGCCGUCGCCGACGUAUGGAUGCCCGCAGACCUUUUGCAACGGAGUCGCGGCGGUCUGGUGCCGCACAUCGAUUCCGACGUUUAUGAGAGAGCCGACCUUGAGGUCUUUUCUCGCAUCAGGAGCCAGGAGCUCCGCAAUCCGACCUACUGGAAGAAGAUCAGGAAGCCUCUGUCUACCUUUCGAGCCAACUACACAGACACCAUGAUCAUUCGCGCGAAGCUCAGAUCCGGCGAAGACGUCUCUGAAGAGCUCGAGCGCCUAUCGCUGGGCCUGCCGCUGUUCCCUCUCGAUGCUUGGUACAACGAGGCGAGACCAGCCCGGAGCCAGAACUCGACGGCUGCCUCCGCAAAUGGCACGGGCAGUAUCCCUCUGACCGGUCUGCACAUACCGUCGAGUCUACCACCGACACUUCGAGAAAGACUGGUGGGAACCGACUUCAAGUUUGGCUUCCAGCUGCCGUUCCUGUCACCCAAAACCAAAGACGACGACGAUCGCAAGCAUUCAGACGAGGUCGACAUCUGGCAGAGACAGAACAUGACGAUCAAAUUCGUCUACGAAGAGUCGCCGGCCGACGUGUUCCCUGAUCCGUCCGAGCACUUCCUGGUGCGCAGGCUCCCGGAGUGGCUUGGCAUCGCACGCUUCGUCCCCUAUGGCGUCGCGCUGGCCAUGAUCGACCGCUUCUACUUUGUCAUCAGCGUGUUCCAGCCGUGGUGGUCGUCCAUCGCGCGGUCGGCGCUGCAGCUGGCUCUUCUGCUGCUCGAGUCGCAUCGAGAGCUCAUUUGGUGUGCGAGCAAGGCGGUCGUCGCCGGGCUCAUCGCGUAUAUUGACGUCGAGUACGAGCCUGUCCGGUGGAAUCCGAAGAACGCCGUCGUCAUCGGACCGGCGAGGACGAGGCGCCGACGAGCAGCUGCUGUGGCCAGAGAGCUGGUGGUCUCGUCCGCGGACAGCGUGUUUGGACCUCUAUGGCUCAACUGGUGGGGCGGCUAUUCUUUGGCUGUGUACAUGGGCCCGGGGCAAUGGAUGACCACGGAACGGGUGGAGAUGACACAACUCGCUGCCAUCUUCGCCCCCGCCUUCACCCUCCUCAUCGACGUAGCCAUGAGCGGGCUGGGGUCGUUCAGCAGUCGAGCAGCCAGGUUCCAAAAGUCGCACACGACCAAGUGGACGAACGCGGAUUGGGUGCAUAACGAGUACUCGGCCUCCGAAGGCUAUCGCCGCAUGAUCGCCACGCUGCUCGGAGACGACACCGCCAGUCAAGCAUCGCUGUACGAUCUGUGGCUCGAGACGAGUCGGUCCAAGCUGCUGCCCGGACGAACGCGGCCGUUGCAGAUGGCGUUGAUGUCCAGACUCGACACGUGGAAGACGGUGAUGCUGCUCGGGUGUCUCGUGACGACAACGCUGGCACUGUUGGUCGCGACAAAGCUGGCGUGGGAUACGACCAUCUCGCACUUUGCACGACAGGCGUGGCGAUCGGUGGUGGGCAUCUACCAGCUCAUCAUACAUUCGGGCGAGAGCUUCCGACAGAUGUGGCGACAGACGCGAGAUUCGUCGCUGUUCAUCGCUCGGUACGCCGCUGCGAGGGUGAAGGCGGUUGCCGGCCAAGUGGUGCGAAGCGUCAAGCGGCUCGUGCCCGGGAAUCGCGACGUCAGUGGCGACGAGCUCGCUUCACAAUCCGCAACAGCAUAUCAGACCGCAGCGACGCCCGACGAGACGGCAGUCCCGCCAGAGGCAGCACAGCCGGAGGCGAUCCCAGAGCCCCUUCUCAACGACCCCUUCCUUCAGGGCGGCAACUCGAUGGGCAUCUUUGGCGCCAUCCUCGGCCACGUCGCCUCGAUCUACGGCUGUUUGCACGCCUUUGUGUUUACGAUGCGCUUCAUUCUGGUCUACCUGCCCUUUGAGCCGUUCAUGAUCAUCUUCACGCUGCUGCAGAAGCUCAUCCAGGUGGACGUGGCCAACACGGAGGUGCUGGAUCGGGAGGAUCGUCUAGGUUGA